GUGUGUGUGUGUAUAAAAAUAUACACACCCCGGAUAUAUUUCUCAGCAAAGCCAUUGUGAUCACUAUGUUGCAUGAGUAGAAUUUAAUACUUCAACUAUAUCUCCCUAUAUAACAACAUAAUUAUCACAAUGACUUUGCCGAGAAAUACAUUAUGUGUGUAUAUUAGAACGCAAUGGUUCAGGGUUAAAGCAAUCAAACGUAAUACUAUGUUUAUAGCAAAGUACUACAAUAUAAUGCUAUUUAUUUUAUAUACAAUUAUUGUAAUGCAAUAUAAUCGCCACAAUGGCCCUGCAUUUUAUAGUGUAUGUAUAUAUAUGCGUGUGUAUAUAAUAUUGGAUACACAUAUAUAUGUAAAUACUACUAUCCAGUGUGUGUAUGUGUCCAGAUAGAAAUAUCAUACCCCUUUAAACAGUUCUCGAAUUAGAAAUAGACACGUUCUCUCAUGCUCUUUAGAGCUGGUAACCAUGAUACAUUCAUCUUCAAUCAACAGUUUCCACGAAGGUUGGUUGAGUUCAAAAGCGUAACCCGCGGUAGCAGCAACACGGUGUUUCCAUUGGCAAUCUCGCCAAUAAACGCCUAUGUAGCCCCGUCCUUUUAUCAACAUUAACUGUAAUAAAACGAAAAAUCCGAAGCUCUCGGUUUAAAAUGUGCUAUUCUUUAAACACCGUCACGUCCACGUCUUCAAACCCUGGAGUUUAUUCUCUCUCUCUAGCUGGACUGCAAAACAAUUCAUAGAAAAGAAACGAUUCCAGCGGUGGCUAAGUCACCUCCCAGUGCAACAGCAAAUGUUGGAUCAAGGGAAAGAUUAAAUGUGAGGCUUAAAUAGGCAACACACACUCACAUAUGAAGCUAAGGCGAAUAGUGAAAGGAAUAGUGACCCCUGGGCUUGGGGGGAUUGCACCAAGCCCAUCUGUUGGCCACACCUGGCUCCGGUGAACCCUCAUCUUUUUAAAUACCGGGUGGAAUCCUGGUCCCACGGAGGUCCAGGGGACUUGAAUGGGGCCGGGAUUUCAUCUCUCGUCCUGCCCGGUCGGAGAAGCUGCCCCAGCGCUUCGGGACAAAUAGCUGAGCGUGCCCCUGUUCUGAGCCAAAGACUCGUUUGGCUAAUUCCCCGGCUACGGAAUCAUUGCCGCGGGAGCCUGGCUCCCGGGCCGGAACAAUGGGCGCCGAGGACGAUGGAGAGGCUGCCGGCGGAGCUGCCCCCCAGUGACCCGCGGGAUGCCCGCCCCCCCCAGCAGCACGAUCCGGGAGCGGAAGGCACGAGCGAGCCGGAGAGCAGCCGCGGGGAGAUGGAGGUCCCAGGAGAGCCCCAGCUGCUGCUCAAUGGGGUUUCCAAGGAGACCGGCCGGCCCUCCCCCGGGCCCCCCGCCGCCGCCGUGCCGGUGAUCGAGCUGGUGCGCAGGGACAUAAAAGGCCGCGAGGCGCCCGGCGAGGCGAUGCAGAGAGCGCCGGGCGCCGAGCCGUGCAGAGCCCCGGCCGAGGCCGCCUGCGACGCCCGCAUGGUGCAGCUGAGCCCCCCGGCGCUUCCCCUGCCGGCGGCCGGCAGAGCCAUGCUCUACAACAUCGGCCAGCCGCUGGCCACCAUCAACAGUGGGUUUUUUGGAGAGCCAGACAGCUUCUCAAUGUACAACAACAACAGAAUGAAAAGAAGACCAUCUCCUUAUGAAGUGGAGAUCAGUGAUGGUCCCCAUACAAAAGUGGUCCGCCGCAUUUUUACCAAUAGCCGGGAAAGGUGGAGACAACAGAAUGUCAACGGUGCAUUCGCAGAGCUUCGUAAACUCAUUCCGACCCACCCACCUGACAAAAAACUGAGCAAGAAUGAAAUUUUACGUCUGGCUAUGAAAUACAUCAACUUCUUGGCCAAACUGCUUAAUGACCAGGAAGAAGAAGGAAACCAAAGGGGCAAAGCGAACAAAGACACUGGGAUAGUCCAAGAGGACCUCCUGCAGGACAUGUUGUCUCCAAACUCUAGCUGUGGAAGUUCUUUAGAUGGAGCAGGGAGCCCGGACAGCUUCACAGAAGAACAUGAAACAUUAGAUUCAAAGCAUACGAGGACUCUUCAUCACUCCAUUCUUCCUGUAGAAGGCAAUGCCCAGCGAUGACGACCUUACAGAUCCCUCCUAAAACACAGAGGGGAAAGUAAACCCUAAGUCUUUGGGUCUUGGAAUUACACCCUAUUUUCUCAGCUCGACAUCUCCAAAAAGAAAACAGGAACUUGAGCUCAUCAAGUUCUCACUCCAAUAUUUCUAAAGGUCACAAUCCCUGAACUAAAAGGACAGUGAGCUGAUGGAGAACAAGACCAAAUCAAGUGGACAUUCAUCAUUUAGGUACUUGAUCGGACGGAGAUAAAAGUCAUCUUAUUGUACAUAUUGUUCAUGGAUGUAAUACUGGAUGGGGGGAGGGAACAUUGCUGACACCUCUUCAAUAUCAAGUGAUUGGAUGAUGAUCUCUUGAAACAGAAUAAUCGUGGAUCAGAAACAGGCAGCAACUCCCUCUUUCACUGCCAAUGAAAGCUACAUGUCCCUUCCAUUUGCAUGUGGCACUUGGAAACUACCAAAAUCUCUAACCGUUCUGCAGCAUCUCUCCAAACCAUUCUGAUGACGUAUAUGCAACUUGUCGGUGUGGAAGCUAGGACAAAGCCUUCUUGUUGUCCAAGAGCUUUUGACUGUAUCUUUGUAAAGAGCUGAAAAAUGCCUCCCACUAAAGAACUAUUACAAGGAAUGAGACUUUUUUUUCCCCCAACCCCCCCACAAAACCUUAGCCUAACUUUGGAUUGUUUGAGGUGUUGUAUUUAUGAUGUGGAAUUACUUCUGUUUAAUAACCGUCAUGCAGUAUCCACUGAAAGAAAAGGUACACAGAUGUUUCCUGCUCUCUCCCCUCCCAACUACUGCGCAAUGGCUGAAAUCCUGGCCCGGUUGAAGUCUACGGGAAUCUUGUCACUGGCUUCAGUGGGGACAAGACGUCACCCGAGGAUUACACAUUUCAGUAUGGGCGAGCAGGAAUUUUCCUUGCAAUUGUCAUCCUGGUAUUUUAGUUAAAAACAAAGGCAGGGGUGGAAUAACAAAUUGUGUGUGUGUAGAAGGGAUAUAAAAGAGAUUGAAUUA